GAUCAACUCUAUCAUUCUUCAUCCCAGUUGAAGCAUGCAAAGCCUUUGCUACCUCUAAUAUUAUUCCACACUUUCAGUUCCCAAAUCUGAUCGAGUGCUUUAAUUUCUGUCAGCUAAAACAUUAGCUACAGCCCCAAAAUCUAGCUUCCAAUGGGAAUUCCACUCUUGUCAUGGCUUUUCUUGAUAUCCAUAUGCUUACUUUCCAUGAACUUCUGUAUCUCUGGGGUGUGUGGCCAAUGCCUUGACAAUCAGCAAUCCUUGCUGCUCCAAUUGAAGGAUAGCCUCGUAUUUGACCGUGCUUCAUCCACAAAACUGGUGCACUGGAAUCAAAGUGUCGAUUGCUGUUCUUGGGAAGGUGUAACCUGCAACGAGGGGCGUGUUAUCGGUCUCAACCUGACCAACGAAUCCAUAUCGGGUGGAUUUGACAGUUCAAGCAGCCUCUUUAGUCUUCAGUAUCUCCAGCACUUGGAUUUGGCUUAUAACAACUUUUCUAACCAGAUUCCAUCCCAAUUUGACAAGCUCACGAACUUGAGUUAUUUGAACCUAUCAAAUACUUGCUUUGAGGGGCAGAUUCCAAUUGCGAUUUCCCACUUGACAAGGUUGGUUACUCUUGAUUUAUCUACUGGUUGUAGGAACUACUACAUGUUUGAUUCACUUAAACUUGAGAAUCCAAAUCUGAAUAUGCUCGUUCAAAACCUUUCGAAGCUUACGGAACUUUAUCUUGAUAGUGUAAAUAUAUCAGCGCAAGGGUCUAAGUGGGGCACAGCCUUAUCAUCUUCACUACCAAAGCUUAGAGUGUUGAGCUUGUCAAAUUGUCAACUUGCAGGGCCUAUUGAUUCCUCGUUAACGAAUCUUCAGUCUCUCUCAAUUAUUCGUCUUAAUGAUAACAAUUUUUAUGGUCCAGUUCCUGAAUCUUUUGCAAAUUUCAAAAAUUUGAGAUCCUUGAUCUUAUCUUUUUCUAAGUUGAAUGGAACAUUUCCAGAAAAGAUCUUCCAGAUUCCAACACUGCAAACACUUGACUUAUCAAGAAAUUCUAAUCUUCAGGGUUCGUUGCCAGAAUUUCCUUCAAAUGGAUCUCUUCAAAUGCUGCUGCUUAGGUUCACAGACUUUUCAGGGGCAUUGCCACAUUCUAUUGGUAACUUGAAAAUGUUGUCUGUAAUAGAUCUUCAUUAUUGCUAUUUCAAUGGAUCAAUCCCAAAGUCAAUGGCAAGCCUCCCACAAUUGCUUUAUUUGGACAUGUCAUACAACAAUUUGGUCGGAUCAAUUCCAUCAUUCAGCAUGAACAAGAAGUUGACGACAAUAAAGCUUUCUCGUAAUAAUUUAACAGGUCAGAUUACUUCAACUAAGUGGGAAGAACUUCUGAAUCUGGAGGUUCUUGAAUUGACGUACAAUUCACUGGAAGGGAGUAUUCCAAUUUCUCUAUUUUUCCUUCCAUCAUUGUCGAAACCAGGACUUCAUAACAACCGAUUUUCUAGUCCACUCGAUGAAAUAUCGAAUGUUUCUUCUUGUCUGCUAGAAACCCUUGAUUUGAGUUACAACAACUUGGAAGGGCCAAUACCCGUAUCUCUAUUUUUACUUCCAUCAUUGCAGGAACUAACACUUAGCAACAAUCGAUUUUCCGGUCGACUCAAUGAAUUUCCAACUGUUUCUUCUUGCCUAUUGAGGUACCUUGAUUUGAGUCACAACAAAUUGGAAGGGUCAAUACCCAUGUCUGUCUUUGAACUCCGAAAUCUUAGGAGCCUCUCACUUUCUUGGAACAACUUUAACAGCUCCUUGCAGCUUAAUGUGAUUCAGAACUUGAUAAAUCUUUCAUAUCUCGAUCUCUCCCACAACAACUUGGAAGGGCCAAUACCCAUGUCUGUCUUUGAACUCCGAAAUCUUAGGAGCCUCUCACUUUCUUGGAACAACUUUAACAGCUCCUUGCAGCUUAAUGUGAUUCAGAACUUGAUAAAUCUUUCACAUCUCGAUCUCUCCCACAACAACUUAGGAUUGGCUUCUAGCAAAUUGAAACCAUUUCCUCAGUUCUUGAUAAAUCAAUCCACAUUAUUCAAGCUAGACCUUUCAGACAACCGGAUUCACAGAGAGAUACCCAAUUGGAUCUGGAAUCUUCCUCAUCUUAACUCAUUGAAUCUUUCUUAUAACUGUUUGGAGACUCUAAAUUUCCCUUUACUCAACAUGUCUUCGGUGCAAUCCCUAGAUCUUCGAUCCAACAAACUCCAAGGUCAACUCUCAGUUUUUCCAAAAUAUGCUCAAUACUUGGAUUUCUCGAAGAAUAAUUUCAAUUGUGUGAUACCAGCCAGUAUUGGUGACUCUCUAUAUGAGGCUUAUUUCUUCUCUCUUUCAAGCAAUAAAGUCUAUGGGAGUAUCCCUGGAUCAAUAUGCAAAGCUACAAAUCUUCGUGUUCUAGAUUUGUCAGAUAAUUUUUUGAGUGGCACAAUUCCGCAAUGCUUAUUUAAGAUGAGUGGGGGUCAAAUGUGGUCAAAUCAAGGUUUAGGGGUGCUAAAUCUAAGGAGAAACAAUCUCAUUGGCGCAAUUUUUAAUACAUUUCCAACCAAUUGUGGCUUACAAACUUUAAGUCUCAAUGGAAACCAACUAGAAGGAAAGCUACCCAAAUCUCUUGCCAAAUGCACAUCUUUGGAAGUUUUAAACCUUGGAAACAAUCACAUCGAGGAUGCCUUCCCAUGUUACUUGAAGAAUAUAUCCAUGUUGCACAUCCUUAUUCUGCGAUCUAACAGAUUUUAUGGGCGCAUUGAUUGUCAAGGGUGUAAUGCCUCUUGGCCAAAGCUUCAAAUUGUAGACCUAGCGGUAAACAAUUUCACCGGUAAGCUUCCAAUAAAACACUUUUCUGAUUGGAAGGCAAUAACAAAUGAUAAAAAUGAGGCUGAAUCUCAGCUCAACCACCUCGAAUUUGCACAUUAUACUAAUACUUAUAAGAGUGGCUAUAUCAUAGAUAUUUAUUAUCAAGAUGUGAUAACUGUUACCAUGAAAGGGCUAGAGGCAAAGCUAGAGAAGAUCCUACCUAUCUUCAACUCCCUUGACUUUUCAUGUAACAAUUUUGACGGCCCAAUACCUGAAGAAGUGGGAGAACUCAAAUUGCUACAUAUCCUCAACUUGUCUCACAAUGCUUUCACAGGCCAAAUCCCACAAUCUUUGGGAAAAUUGAGUGAUCUUGAGUCACUAGACUUGUCAAGCAACGAGCUUACAGGUGAGAUUCCAUUUCAACUUGCAGAAGGUCUUACUUUCCUAUCAGUCCUUAACCUUUCGUUCAAUCAAUUGGUGGGAAAGAUUCCACAGAUCAAGCAAUUUGGUACAUUCCUGGAAACUUCCUAUGAAGGGAACAUAGGAUUAUGUGGCUUUCCUUUGAAAGAAAAAUGCACACGUGAAGAGCCUAGAUUGUCACUUCCAACAUCUGAAGAAACUCAUUCGAAUUCUAGGAUUAAUGCAAUUGACUGGAACUUCUUAAGUGUCGAACUGGGAUUUGUUUUUGGCUUUGGAAUCAUUAUUGGACCUCUUAUGUUUUGGAAGAAGUGGAGGAUAUGCUACUAUAAACAUGUUGAUGAUAUCUUUUUUAAGAUGUUCCCUGGGCUAUAUAUUAGAAUUGAAAAUCGCCAAAGACGAGUACAGAGGAAUCAAGGACAGCGAGCACACCAAAAUCAAGGACGGAGGCAUUAGUAAUAGAUACAAGGAGCAAUGCAGUCAGGUGACUAUAUAAGAAGCACAUGGGAUGUGAAGUCAAAACUUGCUCGUCUUGUCACUUGCCUUGGUCACUAUUUAACAUUUGUACUCGACUUUGAUUUGUAAGAUUUAUAUUGAAUGAACAUGUUUUAUAUAUAUAUAAGUAGCUUUUUUUUUU